AUGAUUGAAGAUGUGGACAAGCAUGUCCUCCGCAAGUAUGAUAUCGUCCAGAAACUCGGAAAGGGGGCGUACGGAGUAGUCUGGAAGAGCUACGAUCGGCGGACGAAUGAAGUGGUGGCACUGAAGAAAAUCUUCGAGGCGUUUCACAAUGCGACGGACGCGCAGCGGACUUUUCGCGAGAUAAUGUUUUUGCAGCAGCUUGCAGGGCACGAUAACAUCGUGCGGCUGAUGAAUGUGCUCAAGGCUGACAACGACAGAGACAUUUACCUGGUGUUCGACUUCAUGGGUGAGGACAGCAGACACAACCGUGCUAAUCCGUUGCAGGAAACUGACUUGCAUGCGGUAAUCCGCGCCCAGAUACUGGAGGCAAUUCACAAGCAGUACAUCGUCUACCAGCUCCUACGGGCAAUCAAGUACAUGCACUCAGGGGAGCUGCUGCACAGAGACAUGAAGCCUUCCAACAUCCUCCUCAACAGCGAAUGCCACGUCAAGGUCGCAGACUUUGGGCUUGCACGCUCGGUGGCUCACUCGGAGGGGGGAGAGGCGAACAGCAACCCGGUGCUCACAGACUACGUGGCGACGCGAUGGUACCGAGCCCCUGAGAUUUUGUUGGGGUCGACUUGCUACACCAAGGGGGUCGACAUGUGGUCAUUAGGGUGUAUUCUCGGCGAGCUUCUUUCUGGGAAACCCAUUUUCCCAGGCUCAUCCACCUUAAACCAACUCGAGAGAGUUGUGGCCGUCACUGGGUGGCCUUCUCCUGAGGACGUUGCGGCCAUUCGCAGUCCUUUCGCCGCUACGAUGAUGGAAAGCUUGCCUGUUGUCAAGCAAAAGAAGCUGGAGGACUGCUUCCCAGACGCUCCCCCGAUGGCGCUCGACCUCCUCAAGCAGCUGCUGCAGUUCAACCCUCGGAAACGCAUAAGCGCAGAGAAGGCGUUAGAGCACCCUUACGUCCGCCAAUUCCACAACCCGGAAGACGAGCCGGUUUGCGGCCACAUUAUUACAAUUCCAAUUGAUGACAACACGAAGUAUUCAGUGGAAGACUACCGCGAGAAGGUUUACCAGGAGGUCAUCAAGAAGAAACGGGAGACGCGGCGUCACAGACACAUACACGUGGCGCCGUCUCAGCCUGCCGCACCGGAAGGUGCUGCUCCUUCCAGCAGUAGCAGCAGCAGCAGCAGCAGCAGUCGGGGUGUCGAGGGGGCUUCUAGGGGCAGUGCCCACCACAGCGCCUCUCGCCAGUCAGCUGCCUACCAGCAGCCUUCGGCUGCUCCAGCCGCUACAUAUUCUCAGGAAAGCAGCAGCUACACUUACUCGCAGCAGCAGCAGCAGCAGCAGCAGCAGCCACAGCGGACGGGUGUAGCAGCGGCCUCAUACGCUCCCUCUAGCGGCCCCCCCGCUGCAGUGUAUGCGCAGCAGCAGCACGUGGCGUACGGGGCCCCAGUCCCCGGGCGUGAUGCUGUUGCUUCGCAAAGCAUUCCCUCUAGCCAGGCCCCCCGCGAUCCGCACCGUGUUUCUGGGUCGAUGUACCCUUCCUAUCCUGCUGCAGCAACAAGUGCAGCAACAGCAGCACCGGCAGCAGCCGCUGCUGCUCCCACGGGUUCUGCAGCGGCUAUGUACAGCUCAAGCGCUGCAGGGGCCCCCGCCUCCAGCGCUGUGUACGCACGCUAUGGCUGUGGGGCUGGCAGUGGUAACACCGGCAGCAGCAGCAGCAGCAGCAACAACAGGUGCAGCAGCAAUUCUGUAUUGAAGCAGAGGAGUGGAGGUGGUGACCGCAGCGACGGCAACGCAGAAGGCAGGCAGCAGGUGCGUAUGGAUAUACACAGCAUUUCUUGCUCUCAGUUCAUCUGA